AAUGAACCUUAACGAAUAUGAACAUGAAGGCCUCAAUAAGGAGGAUCGAAUCAGCCAGCUUCCAGACCACAUCAUCCACGAUAUUCUUCGAUUUUUACCUAUCAAAUCCGCCGCCCAAACUAUCAUCCUUUCAAAACGCUGGAAGAGCCUAUUUUCAUCCAUCCCAUACCUCAAUUUCACAACCAUGGAAUUACAAACUACAAGUAGUGUGAAUUCAUCCAAAGACAUAAAUUUCAUCAACAAUGUGUUCAAUUUUCGUGACAAUAACGCAUCAAUCAGAACCUUAAAGUUGAAAUCCUUUGUUUUAAGUUCAACGGUAUUUAACUGCCUAACCAAUUACCCAAAUAUUUUGAAUAUCGAAGAGCUAGAGGUGAAUUUGAAGACCCGAGAAGAAAAUGUCUAUAUCCCGUCGAACAUCAUCAAUUACAAGUCUUUGAGAGUUUUAAGAUUAAAUAUCUUGUGUUUAGACUUAAAGCUUACCCAACCAUUGAUGCUGAAGAACAGAGAAUUCAAAUUACUCCACACUAUGAUCCUAUCUCAACAAUCUUUUCUUAUGUUUACCCAUCAUGAUAAUAGAAGAACAUUGUUGGACAUAUUCACAGACUCUUCCUUUCCAUAUCUGAAGAAGUUGAUUCUGGAAUCGUGUUACAAUUUGAAAGAGCUUAACGUGAGAUGUAGUGAGCUGAAAGAUUUGGUCAUAAAAAAUUGUUUUCAGCUUAGGAAAUUGGAUAUCUAUGGAUUAAAGUUAGAAAGAUUGAAUGUGGAAAAUUGUUUUGAUUAUAUCAGUAUUGUUAACAUUAGAAUUAUCGCUCCUGUAAUGAAGAUUCUGAAAUGGGUGGAUACACAUUCAACUCAAAUCCCUGUUUUGGAGAAAUCAUAUCUCUUGGAGGAGGCAGUCAUUGGUUUAUUGCCAUCCGAUUUCGACUUCGAUAAUUACAUUAUAGAACCAGCUCAAAUACAGAGUUUGUCGAAUAUGAUAACGGCUAUAUCUCAUGCCAAGUUUUUAAAGUUUAAAUUUCAAUCUAUUGAGAUUUUUUCGAGGAAUGAUGAUAAACAAAUUUUAGUAAAUAAAUUUGAGAGAUUAAGAAAACUUGAAAUUUGCAUUGAAUAUUAUCACUUUAACGGCUAUAACAACCUUUUAGCAAUUGCUACCCUAUUCAAAAACUCUCCCUAUCUUGAAACACUUGUCAUAAAAAACACACUUAUUAAGUGCGAUAGGAGGCUUAUUAACGGCUAUAGAAAGAAACGGAUGAGGAGUGACUCAAGCGACGAUAAAUACUGGAAAAGGCAAAUUCCGGAAAUGAGUUCUUUUCUUAAUCAUUUAAGGAGGGUUAAGUUGAAUGGUUUUUUAGAAUGCGAGAAAGAUAUUAGUCUCGUAAAGUUUUUACUCAAGAACGGAAAAGUUUUAGAAGAAAUAGUUUUAUGCUUCGGAUUAGAUAGUAAAUUACGAUACGAAAGUCGGAGAAAGAUGAAGCAUAUGGUGAUGAGAUGGCGUCGGGCAUCUUGUAAUGCUAGGGUUGUAUUUAAAUAA